GGCUCCAUAUCAGGUGGUCUGUCUGACCGUGAAAGAGGUAGAGAUCGUAAUUUAAGUCCUGGUGGUGGAGGUGGAGGUGGAGGUGGAGGUGGAAGAUCUCCUUUGGCUUCACCAGUUAGAGGUUAUUCUAAUAAUGAUUAUUUCACUUCAGGUUAUUCAUUCUCAACAGGUGGAACUGGAACAGGCUCACCAAAUUUACUUAUCCCUGGAAAUUUACCUCCUGAAUUUGAAAAUUUAAUUGACACUUCUAUGUUACAAAAUUUACCUAAACGUCCUGAAUAUCCUACAUCACCAAUAUUAACUCAUAGAGGUUGUACAUUAAGUAAGAAGCAUAAACAUUUUGAAAAAUUAUAUAAAAAUGCUUUAAUUUCAUCAUCCACUAAACAAAAAUUAAAACCAGUAUUGCCCCAUAGAUCAAUAUUAAUUUAUUUAAGUGGUAGAAAACAUACAUGGGUAGCAUUAGAUUGGAUUUUAAAUAACUUUUUAGAAAAUGGGGAUUCAAUCAUUAUUUGUUGUUCUAUAAAUUCUUCAUCAAUCUUACAUCAUAAAAAACGUAAAAAUAGUUUUUAUUCACCUCAUGGAUUUUUACCUCCUACCACUCCAAAACUGAGAUUUCUUCAUCGUAAUAAACCUGAAAUGGUUCCUGUCAUAUGUCAAAACUUAAUGGAUUAUAUUGAAACUAUAUUAAAUCCUAAUAAAAUCAUUAAAAUCACAAUUGAAUUCUUAGUGGGACCUACAAAAUUAGUUUUAAAGGAAAUGUAUAAAUUAUAUGAACCAAAUUUAGUAUGCACAGGUACAAAACCAAAUUUAAGAAUAAGUGCUCCAUUAAGAAGUUGGAAUUCAUCAAAAUUAACUGACAGAUUAGUUAAAAAUUUCCCCCUUCCUGUCAUUGUGGUUCCAGCCGUUAAUAUGAAUAAAUUUGAAUAUAAUUUAGAAAAUAAAUUUAAAUCAAGUUUAGAAAGAGUUAAACUGGCAAAUAUUAUAGCAAGUGAAUCAAAUUCAUCAAGUAAUAAUGAUGCUACAAGUAGUUCUAUGACUACUGAUGUUUCAUUAGAUGAGAAAUUAAGUCUUGAUGACGAUGAUGAUGAUGAUGAUGAUGAACAAACUGAAGGUGACAUAAGUAAUAAAGAUAACGCAGAUGAAGAAGAAAAUGCUGAUGAUGAAAGUUCAAUUGAAGAUUCGAUUGAAGAGUUUGAUGGUGAUGAUAAAUCCAUCACCUCUGAAAAUAGUGAUGCAUCAGAUGAAUCAUAUUCAUCAUUUGAAGAAAUCUCUAAACUUUAUUAUGAUUAUAAGAAAGAUUUAGCUACUGGUAUUUCGACUACUUCCAAAAAUCGUAAAUCUCCUUCAUCAGCCACAUCAACUCCUCCUCCUACAGCAUUCGAUUAUCAUGAGUUUAUCAAUGAUAUUAAAUUAAUUUCGGAUAAAUCAAUGGAUUUAUGUAAUGAAAUUAGAUCAUUAGCUCCUGAUUAUCAAGGAAAUGGAUCAAAAUUAGCCAGAGCCAUUACAGGAUCGAAUCUUUUUGAUGUGGUUCCAUAUAAGACAAAAUCAAUGUUAGCUCCUUUAGAACCAAAACUGACAAGUUUAAGUUAUAAAGAAAUGAAAAGGACUUUACAAUUAAAUGCUGCCAAUGCUAAAAAGGAAAAAGAAAGACAAGAUAAAGAAGAAACUGAGACAAAUGUACAUGUUCCAAUUAUAAAUAUAAAUGAUGUUUCACCAAAUAUAUCACCAACACAUUCACCUUCACCCCCACCAUUAAAUUCAUCAUUAACAUUUGAUCUAGUAACUGGUUCAAAACCAUUCUCAAAGAAAAUAUCUUCACCCACAAGGAAAAUGUUACAAAAAUCAUUAUCUCAUGAUAUCGGUACGGACAAUAGACCAGAAUUACAACCAUUGAAAUCACAUCCUGAUUUGAAAUCAUUCAUGAAUAAGACUAAUAAUGAUGCUAUUGCAUCAAAUGAUUCAUCUUUGACUUCGUUGUCGCAGUAUGAAGGCAAUGGAACUAUUAAGAAGAAAAAGAAGAAAUUUUGGAAAAUGUUUACUUAGUGUAUAUCGUAUGCAUGAUUUGCUAGAAAAAUAUAUUAUAUAUUCAUCAUCAUUGAU